AUGGCAGUCCGGAUUCCCGUCAACUAUGGCGCCUGGGAUGAAUACCUCACUGGUCAAGCCGCGAUGCUUCCAGAGCUCCCCGACGUCGAACAGAUCACACCACGAGUCGCAAGGAUCCUCGGCGCGAACCCAGGCCAGAUGCAAUUGCAAGGAACCAAUACAUAUCUCGUCGGCUCUGGUCCUGAGAAAAUCCUGAUCGAUACAGGCGAGGGCAGCGCCGAAUGGAUUGCCCGCAUCAUAUCAUUCCUCUUGGCUAACGAUCUGCACAUCUCGCGGGUCCUCCUGACCCACUGGCAUGGCGAUCACACUGGCGGCGUGCCGUCACUGCUCGAGUUCGACCCAAGCCUCGUAGACAGCAUCCACAAACAUCAGCCGGACUCGCAUCAACAGCCUAUUCAUCCAGGCCAGACAUUCUCUGUGCCUGGUGCCACGCUUCGUGCUGUCCACACUCCGGGCCACGCAGUCGAUCACAUGGCGUUCAUGCUCGAGGAAGAGAACGCACUCUUCACCGGGGACAACGUCCUCGGUCAUGGCUUCUCUGUCGUGCAAGACCUCGGCACAUACAUGGAUACUCUCCGAGUGAUGACAGACCUUGGCUGCGCCGUUGGCUACCCUGGCCAUGGUGCUAUCAUCACAGAUCUGCCAACCAAGAUGCGAGAGUACACCCGCCACAAGCAGUUCCGUGUGACGCAAGUCCACGCGCUCCUUGUACGGACCAAGACGCCAAUGAUGCGGUCCACAUCUUCAUGCCCUCGCGGCGGGCUCACUCUAGCAGAGAUCGCAGCAUCGUUAUACGGUGCCGACGUACCAAGUGAGAUUGUCCAGAAUGCUCUGGCGCCAAGCUUAAUCCAAGUCCUCUGGAAGUUGGCCGAAGACCGCAAGGUUGGCUUCGAGCCGGGAGAUGUCGCUAAGAGGAGAUGGUUCGCUGCGCAACCUGCUGUGCGAUCGCAUAUGGGCAUGCGAAGAGCGAUGACCACUGCAGUGUGA